AUAGAUCACUCAUUAAUCACAACAUAGAUCUGACGACUCAGUUUCUGAAUCACAGAGAUUAUUACCAGCGAUUUUACUUCGGGGUUAGAGCACUCAUAUACCCGCUCAGUUAUUUGAUUUUGAGUUAUUUAGAGAUAUCAAGAAUUGUCGAGGAGCUGAACUAAUUAGAAAAUAUGGAUAUGUCAUCAGCAUUGUGGCUAUCAGAACUGGAAAUGGAUGAUCCCAUUGUCAGUCAUCAACAAAGCCUAAUGAGUGUUCUUGAUCACGAGAUGGCGGCUUUUAAUUCGUCAUAUUCUUCUGAUAGCUACUCGGCUUACGAUAAUCAGUCCGUGAUUGGCAAUCCAAAGCAUGAUCUUGUAUUUAACUCUGAAAUGGAUGUGAUCAUGAAGCCGGUCAAAUUGCCUAGAACCAACAUCAUCAACACUUCCAGUACUACAAAGGGUGCAAUUCCAAAGCGACCUAGCCCGGCCUCAUCUUCGGCCAUUAUAUCUUUUGACAAGGCAGAGUCGACGCCAAUUCAAUGGGAUGAUAAAGAGUUGACCUACUUAAUCAAGCCGGCUAAGAAAGAAAACUUGGAUACAAAUUUUGGGGAUGAUCAAGGAGACUUCUCCUAUUUAUAUAAUCCGAAUGCAAAUACAACCUUUCCGGUGAAGAGGACACCCUUACAGGCCCAAGAUCAUGUUUUGGCUGAGCGAAAACGACGAGAGAGACUCACUCAGCGGUUUAUUGCUCUUUCAUCCCUUGUUCCUGGUUUAAAGAAGAUGGACAAGGCAUCCGUGCUUGAAGAUGCAACAAAGUACAUAAAACAACUACAAGAACGAGUGAAGACACUGGAACAUAAGUCGAUUGUCAUGACAACUGAUGCAAAAAAUCAAGGCGUCGCGUCGCUAAAGAGAUCUAGGAUUUAUCUAGACGAAGAGUCAUCUUCAUCUAACGAGGACUAUGAUUAUCGUCCCCGCGAGUCUCUUCCAGAAAUUGAAGUCCGAAUGUCGGAAGGAAAUGUGCUGUUUAGGGUUCAAAGCAAGAACAUAGCAGGACUUGCGGUGAAGCUGUUCAGCAAGAUUGAGAAGCUAAACUUGACAAUAAUUAGCAGCAGUGUCAUGCCAUUUUCUAACUCUUCCCUUCUGAUCACUAUAAUUUCUCAGAUGGAUGCAGGAUUUCGCAUGAGCGCGGAUGAUCUGGUGAAAUCUUUGCAGUUAUCUCUUCUAGAGCUAAGAUCAACCUAACAAUAUAUUCUGAUCACUGUGUACGUACGUUUUGAAGAGUCCAUUAUCAUAUCUGGAGUUUGAAGCAUCCAUUUUCGUGCCACUGGCUUUAAAACCCACGUGCUUCAAAUGGUGUUUUUCAAUUACCGGUAUUAUUGCUCAUGUAUGAUGCCCGAGGCCGGGAGUUUGUCUUGGAGCCUCGUUUUACCUGGAGUAAUGUUUUGAUGUAACUGCUUUAAUUAAUUACUAAUAUACACAUACAGUAAUGUAAUAUUUUACAGGA